AAAUCAAGUAUCUAUCAAACAGACAUACACUAUGUAAAAGAGUAUGGCCGGUCUCUGCUAUAAAUACUCGACCGUUGUAGGUCUCAUCGUUCAACAGCAGCAGCAACAGAACAACACAGCACAGCAAUCAACAGCAACCACUCUCCUCAACAUGUCUUCCUACGCUAUUACAGGAGCCUCGCGCGGAAUUGGAUGGGCAUUCCUCUCCAACCUCUCCAGCAACCCCGACAACACCGUCAUCGCCCUUGUCCGCAACAAGGCAGGGACUGAGAAGCGCAUCUCCGAAGAACUCUCCGGACGGACCAACAUCCAUGUGGUUUAUGCUGACCUGGACGACUACAACUCCCUCGAGGCCGCAGCCGCCGAGACCGCAAAGAUCACCGGCGGCAGCCUCGACUACCUCAUUGCCAACGCCGCAUACCUCACGACGUAUGACCAGUUUGAUCCUAUCGGUGUUCUCGGCAAAGAUCCCAAAGGCCUCGAGGAGAACCUCGUCGCAAACUUCAAAACCAACACCGUUGCGCAGAUCCACCUCUUCAACCUCUUCACUCCCUUGAUCCUCAAGGGAACCGCGAAGAAGGUCAUUGCGAUUUCCAGCGGCCACGCGGACGUCGACAUGGUCACGAGCCUGCCCCUCCCGACCGCGACCUCGUACGCGAUCAGCAAGGUCGCGCUCAACAUGGCCGUUGCCAAAUUCAGCGCGCAGUAUGCCGAGCAAGGAGUCUUGUUUUUGAGUGUCUGUCCCGGGAUGGUUGAUACGGGGCUUUUUGAGAACUUGACGGAGGAACAGCUCGCUGGCGCAGGGGCCGUGUUUGCCAAGUUCAAGGAGUACUCGCCUACCUUUAAUGGGGCGAGGCAGCCCGCGGACUCGGUCAAGGAUAUUCUAAACGUUAUUGAGAAUGCGACUGUGGAGAAGAAUGCGGGUGGGUUCUUGUCUCACAAAGGGAACCGCACUUGGCUCUGAGCUCUACUUGACUAAAUUGAGGGUAGGGUUCGAGUGUUUAACAUUGUUUCAGUGUGUGAUUUGAUAUGAUAUAUUGUUGACAAGACAUGACAAAGGGAAUGGAAUAAGUGUCUAUUGAGCUAUCCCGCAAUAUAUAGCUGAUGAUACAGAGAUUUAGUUGAGAAGGAAACUCAGAUGAAGACGCUGGUUAGUGGGUAGCCAGGAGCCCAUGGCUCUUUCCAACCAUAUUAGGAAAUAUGAUCUGGAUUGUAGCAAUCAAAUCCCUG